CUUGCAUGCAUGUGGUGUCACGUAUCCAUCUAACACUCGAAGAACCAAAUUUUUUUUCUCUUUAUUCCGUUCUUCUUCAUCUAAUGAUUUCAAGCAUUCUUUUGCAGAUCAGUUCGUUAUUCUUUGCGCGAGAAUAAUGAACCCCAGCAUCGAAACCGCUUCUAGCCUUGAGUUCUUCAAGGUGUUUCUUCCCGAUUCCGGCUCUCUGCACAUGAGCAUACCACCAGCUUUUCAGAAGCAUUUACAUGGAAUCUUUCCAAUAAAAGCUACCAUCAGAGAUCAUACAGGAAAAUCAUGGUGCGUUACAUUGGAAAAAGUGGAUGAACUUGUGUAUUUCAAGAAUGGCUGGCAGGCUUUUGUGGAUUACCAUUGUUUGAAAUAUGGAGACUUUUUAGUAUUUCGAUAUGAUGGGGGUUUUACGUUUGAUGUCAAAAUAUUUGGUAAAAAUGGAUGCAAGAAGGCAGUGGUUGCAGAAGCCGAUAAUUCUGUUCCAAUUUUAGAUUCAGUGUUAGCAGUAGCCGGUAUGUCUCCUCCAAUUUUGAAGGUCAAAGUAGAGGCUGUGGAUGAGAAAGAAGAGGUCAAGCCUUUAAUUUCUGGCAAGAGGAAACUAUUACAAGUUGGGUCAGGGAUAGUUCACAAACCAAGAAGGGUUCCAACUCGUGGGAGACCUGGUAAUGCCUCGAACACUGUAGCGUAUGUUGCCCCUAAAGGACCUUCCUUCGAGCGAACGAUGAAACACUGGUCGCACAAGAAAGUUUAUCUUUCUGGACGGGUGGUGAGGGACCAGAACAUCAAGUUGAAGCCAAACACAGUUCUUAGAGAUGAAGAGGGGAAGUUGUGGCCAGCAAAAGUGUGUUCCAUCAGCCAGAACCGUCUUGUUGUUAAUGCUGGGUGGUCUGCAUUUUACAAGGGCAAUGGGUUGAGAGUAAAUGACAAAUGUGAAUUUGAGUUUGUUCUCGAAAAGGGAAACUUAUGCAGACAAUUGAAUGUCAAAGUUACUCGCCGCCGUCGUUCUCUGCGUUGAAGAAAUGCAUACAGCAGAACCAUACUUUCAUUGUACAUGUCCCUCUCUCUCUUUUGUGAACGAUCUAACCAUAGUGAAAUUUGAUGGUGAUUUAUUAUACAACAUGAGAUCCUCAGUUUAAAUC